UGUCAGGCAAUAUAUCACAAGUACAUCUUUCUGAACAGAAUGAAUCUUCUAUCUACCCUCCUUUCAGUAACCCUCGUUUAUCUCAAAUUGUGCAGGAAGAAGUUAGCGCUCCUAUAUUGGCACGUCGUGCUUCAAUGCCAGUAAUGGCUUUUCCUUCUCGAUUUUCUGAACCUGUACAGCAAGAUGGUACAAUGCCGAUGGACGUUGACCUGAAGGAAACUCCUUAUUCUCGUUCUCCUGAAUUGAGGAUAUCACAUAAAUUGGCUGAACGUAAAAGGAGAAAAGAAAUGAAAGAACUUUUUGAUGAACUUAGAGAUUCAUUACCUGUAGAUAAAAGUUUGAAGACAAGCAAGUGGGAGAUUUUGAGCAAAGCCGUCGAGUUCAUAAACAAUCUAAAGCAUAGUCAAGAUGAAAUGACCAAAGAAGUUGAAUCAUUGAGACAACAGCUUGCUGCGUUAAAAGGAUGUGGCAACGG